CAGAAAUGCGAUCAAAAUAUGUUAUAAUUCUCAGUGGCUGCACCGUGAAAUGGAAGAUACCAGGAAUAUUUAUUUGGCAUAUGCUUUAUACGAUAGUAUUGAAGACAAGAGUGUGAGUCACAUUAGACAACUUUUGGAAAACGAGAAGGCUAAUCCAAACACACUGCUUCCAGAAAAGGACUUCACUCCUAUUCAUUAUGUUGUUGGGUGUGAUUCACUGUUGUUUGCUGAGGAAGUAACAAAACUAUUUCUACAGCAUGGAGGUGAUCCAAAUAUCAGGAAUUCGGAUGGGUUGACACCAGUACAUGUUGCUGCUGCUUGGGGCCAUGCAGAUCUGCUGAGGCUUUUGCUUCUGAAUGGUGGGGAUCCAUGGCUUCAGGAUAAUGAAAGCUGUACUGCAUUUCAUUAUGCUGUCCAGGAGGCUCAUUGGAAUGUGGCUGACGUGCUUCAUCAGUUUCAUUUGAAAGAUAUUUCUCUGCAGCAAGCCAAUAACAGCUCCAUAGAGAAACCAAAGUAUGAGGUAAAUCUUGAAAAAGUUAUCCUCUCCAAUGGUGAUAUCCUUUUGGAAUGCGGCGUUAGCUCCACUGUUCCUGAAAGUCGGUCGACGUUAAAGGAUUCUGUUUCACUUUUUUCUGGUCGCUAUUCAGAUCUAUAUGUGGGUAAUAACCUAGUUGACAAUUUGAAGCAGUCUUCCAAUGAAAAAAGUAAAAGGAAUUUACAAAUGCCAAAGAGUGGUGUUCAUUCCUCAGGGUGCAGCAAUUUGUUCUUCUCAGAUUCCAGUAUUUCUACUAAAGAUGCAAGCAGAGUCAUAGAAUGUAUAACAUUAAGUAGUAGUGAAACUUCAGAUAACAACUAUUCAAGUGAAUGUAAAGUUAUAUCAUCAGAUCAAAAUUCUGAUAUGUCUUCAAUAUGCUCCGAGGCGGGCAUCCAAAAAUCUGUUACUGAAAAAUGUGUAUCAUUUGAAUACAGGCAGUCUUCAUCAGUAUUUUCAACAAAAUCAUUUACACGGGACAAUUCAACAAAAUCGAGAAGAAAACUUUUGCCACGUUUUGGUAGGAACUUGGGCAGUAAUAGUAUACACUGUGACUUCAACAGUUCUUGUAUGACUGUUGAUCAGCAAGAAAAUAGUACAAAUGAAGCUGUGGAGCACACCACUGAAAAUAUGCUGCACUCUGUAACAUGCUCAUUGGAAAAGUUAUCAGUGGAUAGCAGCUGUGAUGGCAUUGAGACUUUAGGUUCAUCACAUUCUUUAUCCAGGAGAAACCUUAGUUUAAGGACGUGUUCACAUUCAGAGGUUUCUCAUUCAGUACUUAACAAUGGUUUCUUGGAUAAAGAUACUCACAACGGUAUGAAUUGUACACCUGGAAAGUAUGAUGAAGGCAGUAUUGUCUGCUGGAUGUUUCAAAGUACUCCAAAGAAAAAACACCUAUCUUAUGAAAGGGAUGCAUCUUAUGAGGGACAGCUAAAAGUAAAUAAAAAUCAGAAACCAGAAUUGGCUGCAACUACCAAUGCAAGUAGUGACUUGAUAGCAGGAGUGGUAUUGGAGAAAAGUGUUCAAUCCUUACAAAAGAUUAUAAGUGAAGAUACUUCUCCAAAAUCAGAUUUGCAUAUCGGCCUAGAAGGAACAAGUGAUUCUGGUCGAUCAACGAAGACCUCUGAUUAUGUUAACUUCCGUACGUGCAGUUCAGACUCAUCAUCCAGCAGUGGAUCAUAUUUCAGUAUAACUGAAGAAUAUAAAUAUACAGAUGAAGAAAAUGGAAUAGUCCUUAAAGAACGUAGAAUCUUAACUGAAAAGUGCAGCAUUCCUGAUGAUGUUUUUGACAGUGUGAAGAUUCCUGCAGAAUGCUGUGUAAACCUCUCAUUGCCUGAUUCACUGUCGUCGUCAUCAACAUUGUCUUCACUCAAACUGAACCUGGAUUAUGAUACAGAAUCUCUGCGGGCAGAACUGAAAGAGAGAAACUGUAUUCCAGGGCCAAUUACCAAAACAACAAAGAGAUUGUAUUUAAAGAAACUUGUUAAACUGAAGAAAACUGGUGAAUUUUGUAACCCUGGGCAAAGAAAUAUUGAAUACAGUCCAGAGCUUGAGUGCACCUUGAAGACAAUGGAGUGGGUGAAUGGUCUUGCUGCCUAUAUCAAGUUGGAACAAGAAGUAGCUACUCAAUUUUCAAAUCCUAGUUGUGAAAGAAGAUGGCGAGGUGGUAUAACGAAAUCAGCAUUCUGUUAUCUCUUACUUGAUCCAAGAGUAACCAAAAAUCUUCCAUGUAGGACACAAACAUUGCAACCUCUCCAGAUCUGGCAAACGUUUCUGUCAUCUGUCUUUUAUAUUGGCAAAGGUGUGCGAAAUAGGCCAUAUUCUCAUCUGUAUCAGGCAGCUUCUUUAUGGAAAACAAAAUCUAAGUCUUCAGACAAGAAGGUACAAUACAUUUUAGAUAUCUGGAGUGAAGGGUUUGGAGUUGUAUGUCUUCAUGUGUUCCAAAAUCUUAUACCUGUUGAGGCCCACACUCGUGAGGCAGCUAUGAUAGAAGCUAUGGGUUUGAAGGCAUUGAAAAAUGUUCGGCACAGUGAGUAUUAUGGAACUGCUGCAACUUGGAAUUCAAAGCAGCGACGAAAAUUAGGUGUUUAUCUUCUCUACAGAGCAUUGCUGGUUUUUUUGAGCGAAGGGGAGAGGCAACUUGGACCAGAAAACUUAUAGUACUUAAAUAAUGUCCUAUUUGGAGCUUGACAUGCCUGUGUAAUUACAAGAAAAUUAUGCAUGGGUUAAAGUUAAUUUUAAAUACCUAUGGAGAGCAGUGUUACUGAUAAGAGAAAUAAAGAGGCUGAAAUUAUCAGUGUAACUCAUAAUUUUUAUAUCUGCACUUCCACCACAUUUAUGUUCAGAUUUAAUGAAAUAUCUCUCUUCAAACCCUGCUAUAUUUAAAAUUGUCUCAUUUUCUUUCAUACCACACCAAACAAAGUUUUGGCAUGGAUAAGGCUCUAGACUCUUAACUCAGAAAGAACAGGUGUCAAAUUCCUGUUUGAUUAGUCACAGGUUUUUGUUGUUUUUCUUAAAUCACUUCAGGUGAAUGCCGGGAUCCGUCCUUUGUAAUGACCACAGUUGACUUUUGUACCCAACUUGUAGGUUCAGUUUGUGCUCCGUCACUAAUAAUCUUGUCAUGGUAGUCAUCAAACAUCAUUCUAUUUUUGUUUAAUGCCUUACUGUGCUGAAAUUAUGAGGCAACUCGACAAUACCAAUGCUUAAUUAUCUUCAUGCUGCCUGUUGCACAUCUUAUUUUAAAAUCACAAACUUCUACAUUUCUAUUUUACUUUCCUCAGAGAACCAGAAAUUCCAUCUUGGAUUUCCUUUGGCUUUCUAUUUGUAGUGUUCUUUUCCCUUGUGCCUCUCUACUACUCAGCACUUCCUUUCCAUAUUUUUGUGUAUUUUUUACCACUGUGGAAUUUAGGCAAAAAUAAAAACUCAUAGUAAUUGUAUAUCGCCUAGAACAUGUUCUGUGCAAAAAAUAAGAGUUUUUUUUAUGUAUGCCACCAUGAAAGCAAUAUCCUUUAAACUGUUGGCCAGUAUGGAACAUAGUUUGUCAGUCUACUAUGGCAGUGAUUAUAUGUUUAAAUGACAGAUGUACCUGUUAGGAGUAAGCACUUGGAAAUGACACAUUGCCAAAAUCAGCUGUUUUUGUGAAGUGAAAGACUGAGCAUAAUAUAGCCAAAGCAGAAAAUGUAAUUUUCUUGUACAAUUAUUGAUAAGAGUGUAUAUGAAUGGCAGUUCAGUUCAAGGUUCUGUGAUAGUGCACACAGGCACUGACUGAAGUUCUUUGAAGUCGUAUGCCUACAUAGAAUAAGACAUAUAUACACCAUUUGCAGUUAUAAUAUAGGAUGUAAAAGUAGUAGUAUUAUAAAUAUGUCCCCACCGAUUACAUUAAAAUAUUUUCUAUGGUGUGUAUAAAAAAGUUUAUUGGUUACUGUAUUGAAAAGUUUUUUAAUUUUUUUAAGUGACUUGUUGUUUGUAACUUAACAACCAUUUUGAUACAUUUUUGUGUAUUAGAUAUAAUUUGUAUUGUAUAUAAUGAUUAUUUAUGACAUGAUGUAUAAUUAUGUUGAAGUGCAUACUUAACUUUCAUAGUUUCUUGCUCUCUACUAUUUACAUAUUGUUAAGUAUCUGCUUCUAACUGAGCCAUUAUUUCCAUUGUCAGACAAAUAAGUGGUAUGUUGUUCUUAAAGUCUCUUACUCAUGCCAGAUCAUGAAUGCUACCUAUUCUAGUCAGAUUGUGUUCAUUAUAUUGUCAA